GUGUGAGAAGAGUCUUAUAGCAUUUUGGAAGGAGGCGCAAAAAAUUUCCAUUCCAGCGCCUUAGGGUUUUCGGAUUUGCGCCAUCGAUCCAUGGCGUCGCUCGAGGCGGAGGUCCGAUCGAAGAAGCGGCCGUCUCGUCGCGCGCCCGAUACGGCCGUCUCGUCGGGCCACCAAAAGGUGCUGAGCAAGAUUGCGGCCAAUCGCCUCCAAAAGGAGCUCGCAGAGUGGCAGAUCAAUCCUCCAGCUGGUUUCAAGCACAAAUACUCGGACAAUCUCCAAAGGUGGCACAUAGAUAUGAUUGGGGCGUCGGGAACGCUCUACGCGGACGAGAAAUACAUCCUCCAGAUUGAAUUCCCAGAGAACUAUCCGAUGGAAUCACCUCAGGUCGUUUUCUUGGAGCCUGCUCCUCUACAUCCCCACAUCUACAGCAAUGGCCAUAUUUGCUUAGACAUUCUGUACGAGUCUUGGUCCCCAGCCAUGACCGUCAGCUCGGUUUGCAUGAGCAUUCUCUCAAUGCUCUCAAGUUCUCCGGCCAAGGAGCGGCCGCAGGACAAUGACAGAUACGUUAAAAGCUGCCGCAAGUCGCCCAAAGACACGAGGUGGUGGUUUCACGAUGACAAUGUCUGACGAAAGAUGCGAAAGAUGCGAAAGAUUUGGAGGCUUAGAAAAUUUGGGAGACGGAAGAUUACCAUAUCAUUGAUAGAGCCUUUGCUCUUCUCUUUUCCAAGGCACACUAUACGUUGUCAAUAACUUACUUUGACUAAGCCUUCUCUAAGAUCUCCUAUCCUGUUAAUCAAAAGUGGACCUUUUAGCGAUCAAAA